CCCCCAUCCCCUACUCCCAUUCAAUUCAUCAACCAAAUCCAUCACAAUGACCCAAAUCCACACCCCCGGCACGGCCGACAGCUGGCACGGCACCAUCCCCAGCAACACCUUCCCCUCCGCCCCAAACCGCUACCACCUGUACAUCGGACUCUUCUGCCCAUUCGCCCACCGAGUCAACUUCAUCCGACACCUCUACAACCUCACCACAAUAAUCCCCAUCAGCAUUGUCCGACCCUACCCCAAAGGCGAUCUCAAGGGCUGGCCAGGAUGGAAAUUCCCGGCCUCGGACGACGAAUACCCCGGCGCGACGGUGGAUCAUCUCUACGGGGAGGAAUACCUCCAUAAGGUGUAUUUCCGGGCGGAUUCGGAAUAUAAAGGACGGUAUUCGGUGCCGUUGUUGUGGGAUAAGGUUGCUGGGACGGCGGUUUGUAAUGAAAGCAUGCAACUUCUUCGCUGGCUCCCGCAUGCAUUCAACGACUAUGUCCCCCCCUCUCUGGCGAAAAUCGAUCUUUAUCCUGUGCAUCUCCGCGAGAAAAUCGAAGCCAUCAGCCCAUGGCUACAAUCUGACGUCAACUCCGGAGUUUACCGAGCCGGAUUCGCCGAAACACAAGAGGAAUACGACGAGAAGGUGGUCCGGGUAUUUGGAGCGCUGAAUAAACUCGAACGCAUUGUUGCAGCGAACGGGGGACCGUUUAUCCUCGGGAAAGAGAUGACGGAACUAGAUGUGAUGUUGUAUGCGACGUUGAUCCGCUUCGACGUGGUCUACGUGCAACACUUUAAAUGCAACCUCGGGACAAUCCGACAUGACUACCCGGUGCUUCAUAAUUGGUUGAAGGGGAUGUAUUGGGAUGUGGAGGCCGCGAGGGCGACCACGGAUUUUAAGCAUAUUAAGGAGAAUUAUACGAAGAGCCACUGGCAGGUGAAUCCCACGGCUAUUACGCCGUUAGGACCAUUCCCGGAUAUCGAAGAGGGAGUGGAAAGGGAUUGGAGUAAGUUGAGUGUUGGGGGGGUGAAGCACCCGGUCGUGUUGGAACAUGAGGCAGGAAUUCCGGACGUAUAGGGCCCAGCCUCAGCAUUAGUCUCAUACAAGUAGGUCACAUGCACGAAAAUGGCCAGACAGGGUUAUCGGGAAAUGGUCCGGAGCAACACGCAGUUAGGCGAUGAUCAGCGCGAUCGCUGGCUUAGCACAGUUGUCGCCAGGAACUUAAUUCAGGCGACAUUUGACCAUCUGCCUCGGCCAUAACCAAGGACCUGUCCACCUCGUGCCCAAACUUGCCUCUAUACUCUGUAAGAGUUCGAAUAACACCCAUCAAACAAAGAACAUUCCUCGAACAAGACUUGAUACAUACCUACCUCACGAACCAAAAAUGCUCCAUUCCCAUUCCC